AUGAAGCUGAAGUUGAUCUCAGUCUCCAUGAUCCGUAAGAAUGUGUUUCUCAUCAAGCUCUUCUCUGCUAUCCUCAUUACAGUCUUCGCUUUCCGUCUCUUCAUUUUCCACUUCAACGACUUUUCUCCGGUGUUCGCGUCCGUCACCGGAAAUUUCGUAGCACGGUUAUCUCCACCGGCGAUUAUCGUCCCGGAAAACGAAGAUCUGAUUCCUCAGGAUAUCGAAAUAGAGAAGUGCGAUCUUUUCGCCGGGAAAUGGAUUCCAGACUCAUUAGGACCGAUGUACACAAACAGCUCGUGCGGUAUGCUUAUUGAUGGUCAUCAAAACUGUAUCACCAAUGGUCGACCUGACUUAGACUUUCUCUACUGGAAAUGGAAGCCUCAUGACUGUUUGUUACCACGUUUUGACCCUCGAAGAUUUCUUCAACUUAUGAGGAACAAAUCUUGGGCAUUUAUUGGUGACUCCAUAUCGCGUAACCACGUCGAAUCUUUGCUUUGUAUGCUCUAUACGGUUGAAGAACCGGUUGAAGUAUACCACGACAAGGAGUACAGAUCGAAAAGAUGGCAUUUCCCUUUACAUAACCUAACUAUAUCCAACAUUUGGUCGCCAUUUCUAGUCCAAGCCGCUAUUUUCGAAGAUUUAAACGGUGUCUCGACCGCUUCUGUUCAACUACAUCUUGACAAACUCGAUGAGACAUGGACCAAUCUCAUGCCGAGCCUUGACUAUGCGAUCAUUUCAACCGGGAAAUGGUUUCUUAAAGCCGCGGUUUACCAUGAAAAUGCCAAACCAGUAGGUUGCCAUAUCUGUCCCAAAAACUCGCACUUGGAAGAGUUAGGAUUCGACUAUGCUUAUAACGCAACGCUGCGAAAUGUCAUGGACUUCAUAGCGGAGGAAACUAACCGUAAAGGCACGGUUUUUUUCCGGACUUCGACUCCGGAUCAUUUCCAAAACGGGGAAUGGCAUAGCGGUGGGACGUGUAAGCAAACAGAACCGGUGAGCGAUGAAGAGAUUGAGAUUAAGGAUGUACAUAAGAUACUAAGAGAUGUGGAGAUUGGUCAAUUCAAGAGAGCGGUUAGAGAGAAAAUGGGUCAGGACGAUGGUAAUCUAAAGCUUUUGGAUUUCACCGGGAUGUUGCUGACCCGACUCGAUGGGCAUCCGGGUGCGUACCGACAGUUCAGACCAUUUGAUAAAGACAAAAAUGCAAAGGUACAGAAUGAUUGUCUGCAUUGGUGCUUGCCUGGUCCUAUUGAUUAUUUGAAUGAUGUUAUAUUGGAGCUCAUAGUUAAUGGCUGA